UGAUGCGCUCCUGGUGACGCGCCGUGACUUCACGCGGAGGUUGGAGGAGGACGCCGCCGCUCCGCGCUGCACACACACACCGACUCAUCUCGUUCUCUCAGCGGGCGUUCAAGGCAGCAGAAACCCGGAGGGAUGGAGACCGCGGGCGCUUAUGGCGCCAGGAAGGCCGGCAGCGUCGCCUUCGAUCCGGUCGCCUUCUUCACACAUCCCCGCACUAUCCUCAGACUGCUUUCAUGGGUUUUCUCCAUAGUGGUGUUCAGCUGCAUUGUGAACGAAGGCUACAUUAACAUCGGCAGCGAGCGUUUGCUCUGCGUCUUUAACAACAAUGCUGACGCCUGUAACUAUGGCAUCACUAUAGGUGUGGCCUGUUUCCUGGGCAGCAUCUGUUUCUUGAUUUUGGACGUUUACUUUCCUUCCAUGAGCAACGUCAAGGACAGAAGACGCGCGGUGCUGUUGGACCUUAUAUUCUCUGGUCUGGCCAGCUUCCUGUGGUUUGUUGGCUUCUGCUUUUUGGCCAAUCAGUGGCAGGCCACAUCACCAGAAGAGCUGCCAUUGGCCCAGGGCUCAGAUGCUGCCAGAGCUACCAUUGCUUUCUGCUUCUUUUCCAUCCUCAGCUGGGCUGUGCUGACACUGAGUGCCCUUCGACGCUUCUUAACUGGCAGCAACACAAACUUAUUCACUUGGCAACACCUGGAACCAGCCCCAAGCAAUGCUCGAGCUACACCAUACCCCAUCCCCAAUGGUGGGACCAUAGUGACCACCAAUCCCUAUCAAGCACCGCCCUUCACUGAGACCCUGGACCCCCAGAAACUCACACAGCAAAGACCCAUGGCUCCUGCCUUCUAGGGACUCAUGCUCAUGGAAAGAGAGAUGGGAUGUGAAUUGAAUGACACUGCACACAGCGAGGGCAUGGACAACUUCCUUCUUACUGCUUUUUGGGUUUCCAUCUUCUCCUCGGAUUAGCAGGAUUCAAAUGUUAGAUCUCUUUUCACCAUGGUAACCGCUGGCUGAGCUUAGUUAGUUGUAAUGCUCUGUGUCAAGAAUACUGUCCUUCACGCACACACAGAUAUGCACGCAAAUGCAGUUGUACUCACUUACACCUGGAAAAACAAGUAGAUACACCUGGAGGUACAAACACACACACACGCAUUCACACGCACACAUGCACGCACAUACACGCACACCUCAACUGCAUGUUCAUAUGGUGAAGUGCAGAUUAACAUAGAUGUAGAUCACUGAUGAUGCUCCAUCUGCCUUAUGAAGGGACACAGUGGGACAAAUGUGGAAGACAAUUAAGCUAAUAAGCUCCUUUUAUCUUUUUUGCCCUUAGUCAGUUUGACCAAUCACAAGCUGCCCUAGAGACACGCGGCCUCCCAUUGGCUGAAAUUCAGUCAGUAUGACCAGUAGAUUGUAAGUAAAUGAGGGAGGGGGCAGAACUUGCAGAAAAGGCUUCAUUUUCUUGGUAGGGGCAAAAAGGCAGGGCUGCUUAAUGCAUUCUGGAUUCUAUAGAGUUUCAAUGUGAAAUAUUCAUGUGAUUAAAUAUUUUAUUGUGAUAUGCUAAAGUGGUGAAAAGGAAAUAAAAAAAUAACCAUAAUCAAGGCUGUGUAUCUGCCUUUGUUCACAUUAUCUUCAGUCUAAGAAACUCGUCUUAAUAUAACUGUGUAUUGCAAGGGAGAUCUGAGGAUGUGUUAGGCAUAUUAAUCAACAUCUGCUGGAAGCCCAUAAUUAGAGUUGUGAUGAAUUCAUUAGCUGUAGCAGACAGCUGCUAAAUGUUGGCUUUAUUUUUAGAUUAAAAGGCACAUAUUGAAUGAUCUGCAACCCCCAAGUCUUUAAAUGAAAGAACAGGACAGAAUAAGAAUUGAGUCAAAUGAAAGUCAGACAGGAAGUGGUUUUAUUUCCAGCUCUGUCCAGUCAUGUACUCCUCAGUGUGCAUCAUUCUCUGCUGCCAUUAAUUUGCAGAAACAUUAUGCAACAUUAUACACACUUGCAUCAUCAACAUCCCAUAUCAGGGGCAUCAUCAUCAUCAUCCAUCCUCAUCAUCACCAGCAGAAUAAACUGACAUUCAAAAAUGUAUAAAUUCACUCUUGAAGUUUUCAUAUCAUCCCUGCUGU